CGUUGGAGGUGAGAUGGCCGUGAAGUGUCUCUGGUUCCUGUGAAGUCGGAGCGGGCUGUGCGGACAGACCAGCGGGAGGCCAGGAACCGCUCCGUUUCCCCGCCGGGUCUCCUUCCUUCCCCCCAGUUUCACGGUAAGACCGGAGGAAGCGCCGCCCGGUCUGCCUGCAGGUUUGAUUCUGAUUCAGUUCAGGAGCUGAAGGACGAGCGGCUGCAUCGACUCUCCUCCUGAGAUCAGAUCUUUAGGACUUCAAUGGAUCUGAAGUAAGAAUUGACCUUUGACCUCCAGAGAGGAACUUCUGCAGGAUUAAUUUGAUCCACAGUUCAUCCAACCAACCAAACAUCCAUCCAUCCAUCCAUCCAUCCAUCCAUCCAUCCAUCCAUCCAUCUUCAUGCUCUACCUGGAGACCCGGUUCUGGUUGUAGCCCAGUGGUGAGGCAGCCCGGCUGCCCCUCUGCCUCCAGAUGAAUGAAGAGCCCACCGGGUCACAGAGACACAGCUGAUGCAGGGCAUGCAGGUGUUUCUGCAAACAUGAUGAAGAAGAAGAAUCCACACAAAAAGCAUAAGAGCAGCCUGGGCCCGCCCACCAAGGUUCUGUCCCAGCCGCGGCGCAACAUCGUGGGCUGCAGGAUCCAGCACAUCUGGAAGGACGGUGGAGGACACGUGGUGUGGAAGGGAACGGUUCUGGAUCAGGUGCCUGUGAAUCCGUCGCUCUACCUGAUAAAGUACGACGGGUUUGACUGCGUUUACGGCCUGGAGCUGCAUAAGGACGAGCGGGUUCAGGGCCUGGAGGUUCUGCCCGACCGGCUCGCUAAGUCGCGCCUGACGGACGUUAGCCUAGCCGACGCCAUGAUCGGGAAGGCCGUGGAGCACAUGUUCGAGACGGAGGAGGGCCCGAAGGAGGAGUGGAGGGGGAUGGUUCUGGCCCGCGCCCCCAUCAUGACCACCUGGUUCUACAUCACCUACGAGAAGGACCCGGUUCUGUACAUGUACCAGCUGCUGGACGACUACAAGGAGGGCGACCUGCGCAUCAUGCCCGACUCCAACGACAGCGUCCCGGCGGAGCGGGAGCCCGGCGAGGUGGUGGACAGCCUGGUGGGCAAACAGGUGGAGUACGCCAAAGAGGACGGCGGCAAACGAACAGGCAUGGUCAUCCACCAGGUGGAGGCCAAGCCGUCCGUCUACUUCAUCAAGUUCGACGACGACUUCCUCAUUUACGUCUACGACCUGGUCAAGACUUCGUAAAGACUCUGCGGACGGCGCCACCCCGACGUGACGGAAAGUAAAAAAAAAAAAAAAAAAAAAAGCAGCUCUUGCCGACGCGACUGAAGCAUUUAACCCAGCACACGUUAAUCCGACCAUCCAAGACAAAAACACUGAGAUUAAUCUCAGUGUUAAUCUUAAACGGGAUGAAGGCGAGUCGAGGGCAUCUCAAAACCCUUUGGAGUAAAUUUUCAUUUCAUUUUACGUUAAACUUUAAUUGGUUUGAGGCCGUUAAACCUUCCUGGAUGAAGAAACGGGUCCGUUUACUUUUUUAAAUUGGGGAAGAACCAUGAAGGCUUUUUGUUGACACAAAGCAGAUCCAUGGUUUUGACCAUAGUAGCCGACUUCGCUUGGAAAAAAAAAAAAAAAGGAAAACCUGAACUUUGUUGAUUUCCAGUGAAAAAAGUUCUCUGAUCAAAUAAAGACAAGAAGAAGAAAAAGACUGGAGUUCUGGGAAUGAAGGAG